GAAUGAAGAAGGACGAAAUGGAAAGGGCGAGCUGGGGAACAAAGCGAUCUCAAAAGAAGAACAAGAAAAAAAAAACAGAAACACGGGGAACUGAAUGAAAAGGAUGAACACUCUAUGCCACGGCGGUCUCGCGACCCUACGCAGCCCACUGGCGACACGCUCUGCGGUGAGAGAGACUGCUCGCUCCAGUAAUAUGAACGACUUGACUCCACGGACGAACAGUCACCUAUGUAGACGACCCAUUCAGAUUCCUAAAGACACUGGCAGGACUUGUCCCGCACUAACAACACUAGCGUCCGUGAUUGAUGGUGCUGAUGAUGCAUGCGCAGCGCACAUCUUUAUGUCAAUCAUCCAGACGUCCAAAGAGGGUUGCACACAAACUCUGAAAAGAAGAUAAACGGUGGUCGACUGCAUUAGCUCAAAACUGGACUGGAGAGAUUCCUCAGAAUCAGAUCCAGAGUGGGCUGCCAUGGAGUUGUGGGCGGGGCUGGGGCAGGCGGCGACGGUUGCACAGCUGGUUGGGGUGGACGCCGGCGGGCUCAUCACCCUCAUCACGCAGGCCGCGCUGACGGCUCGCCAGAAUAAGAAGGCCUGCGAGCAGCUCUCGCGCCGCGUCUACAUGAUCGCCGACCUGCUGCCGCACCUCCAGCAACCGGAGCUGAUGCGGCGGCCCGAGUUCCAGCGGCCUCUCGCCGGGCUGGGCCACACGCUCCGGGAGGCGCACGACCUCGUCAUGCUCUGCCAGAGGAAGAGCCGCUUCUACCGCUUCCUCAAUGCCAGGAGUCUGGCUGACAAGUUGAGGGACAUCCAGAGUAGGAUCGACUCCUACCUCGUCCUCGUCCCUGCCAUCAGCUACAUAGCCUUGACCCACAACCUCAACCGAAUCGAUUCCCUCCGCCAAAACCACACGAUCCUGCCGCCGCCAGCAUCCACCUCCUCCCACUCCCACGCAGUCCCUGCUUCUGCUUGGGAGGGUGUUGCCAGGUUCACGCUGGCAGAGAUCGCGGCGGCGUCCAACAGCUACGCCUUCUUCACCAAGGUCGGCAAGGGCACCUCCGGGACGGUGUACAGAGGCAGGCUCCACGACGGCAGGGACGUGGCCAUCAAGCGCAUCAGCAAGUCAGCGCGGGACAGGGAGAUGGUGCUGCGCACCGAGCUCACCGUCACCCCGCACCCGCGCCACAGCCACUUGGUGCGCCUCCUGGGCUGGUGCGCGGAGGAGGACGAGCGGCUGCUCGUCACCGAGUACAUGAGUAACGGCUCGCUCCACGACCACCUGCACGGCCGCAAGCCGCCUUCCUCGCCGGUGACGGCGUCCUGGAAGACGCGCGUCGAGGUGCUCCUGGGCGCGUCGCGCGCCAUCAAGUACCUCCACCACAGCUUCGUGCCGUCGGUCAUCCACUGCAACAUCAAGUCGUCCAACAUCUUGCUGAACGCUGGCUGGACACCGCGCUUGUCGGACCUGGGCUUCUCGGUCCGGCACGAGGCCGGCGUGGAGGAGCACCACUACCAGCCGCAGGUCGUGGGCAAGGGCGGCUACAUGGACCCGGAGUACUGCCGCACGGGGCGCCUGACGCCAGCGACCGAUGUGUACAGUUUCGGGGUCGUGAUGCUGGAGGUUUUGACCGGCAAGCCGCCGAUCAUAGCUACUCGGGGCGAGGAGGAGCAGGGCGAGGUUCAGACGGACUUGGUGCACUUCGCGCUCCCACUUAUUGAGGCCGGCGAGCUGGACAAGUUGCUGGACGGGCGCCCGGAGCCGCAGCCGACGGCGCUGCAGAUCGAGGCGUUGCAGUGGGUGGCCAACACGGCGGUUGUGUGUCUGCAUCGGCGAUCGAUACUCCGGCCACGGAUAUCAGACGUUGUGGCUAAUCUCGAGAUAGCGCUCAGGCUCGCUAGCAGUUAAGCAGUGGCGCCCAAUGUGCCAAUAAUUGAUUGCCAAUGUGCUACCUCGGUUUAGAAGGCGUACUUGAUGCCCUGAUUGGCAAUGUGCCAAUUUGGCCUAGGGGCUGAUGUUCCUUUUUCUGUUUGGCCAUGGAUGCCCCUGACUUUGUCUCUGUAUUGGUGAACGCUGAUCUGAUGCACCAAGUUUAAUGAUAGCUAUUUCCACCCUAAAAAA